AUGGGUGCUGGCGCAUUGCUGUACAGAGUACAGGGGCCAAGGAAGAACCUCCCAGAAAAAAAGGAGAAGGAGUCUGGGCUUCAGAGGAUCCCUUCCAGCUUGAAGUGCAGUUCACAGGGUGGUGGCAACAGGGCAGAAGAUGCACUGAUGCAAAGUUUUUAUAGCAAUAAAAGAAGACAGUGCAAAAGCAAUCUUGAAGAGUGCAUUGCUGAAGCUCUUCCCUGCACUUCUAAAUAUCCAGGGGCUUCUGUGAAUGAGAUGUUUCUUGAUUUUGAAGCAGUGCAAAUCAUUAAAGAGGAUGCCGAUGAGGACAGCGCCAGUGACCUUUCUGACUCAGAAAGAAUUCCCAUUCCCCCAUCUCCGUGCACGCCACCAGCACUCAACCUCCGAGCUGAAGAAAUCGACCCCGUCUGCUUGGAACACCACUCUGAAGCAGAGUUUAAAGAAUCCAAGUAUUAUUACCCAGAUUUCCUCCCACACCCUUUCAACUCUUGGGACCUGAAGCAGUUGGCAGUGUUUAUGAACACAGAGGGGAAAUCCGAAUCUCCACUCUGCCCAGCAGGAUUUCUGGAGAAAUACGUUGAUCGGCUUUUGCAGCUGGAGUGGCUGCAGAUGCAAACUGUGCAGAACGAGAAAGGAAAGGCAGCCAAAGCUAGGCCUCACACUGCUCCUGCUAUCUCUCGGGCCCUAAAAAGCCCUGCUAAAGGCAAAGCUGUGCAUAGCCCUUUGCCUAACAAGCAGCUAACUCUCCAGGAAAAUGUUGCAAAGCUCCACACCACUCAUUCAGGUCCCAGGAGAGAUUUACACUGUGAAGAAAAGAGCCAGUUAGAUGCAUAUCCGAAUCACUUGAAAGUUGCUGAGGUGCUGGGUGGCUCAUUGCCUUUUCAGAGGCAAACCUGUGAAAUGAGGAGCGAGGCAAAAAAGAGGCCAACCACCAAGCAACAACUUCUUAAUAUGAAGCCUUGUGAGAGCAGCUCUAAGAUUCAGGGCAUUGGUAACAUUAGACCCCCCAAGCAACCCUCCACCUUCCCUAGUUCAGCUGCCUCUACCAAGGGCCUAAAAACAUACUCGUGUACAAAUCCGAAGAAGAAUGGUCACGUGAAUAAUUACGUUCCUUCCAAAAAAACGACAGGGGAAAGAAAGCUAAAGACAAAUGGUACAAAGCAAGCAUCGUAUAUAUUUAAAUAAAGACGAACAGUUGAUUAGUGAAUUAGCACUGCUGUGCUGAUGGCUGGACAGUCGUGUUCUCCUUUGGAGGGGAAUGGGUUUUUUUCAUAGAAAAAUCUUGAGGAAACUUGUUCGUACUCCAUGCUUCUGAAGUCAAUAUUGCACAUUAAAGAUAUUUGAUCUUAAACCAGCAGGGCCAACAGGGAUUUUUCUUCCCUGAAGGCAAGUGUCUUCCAUUGGUUCCUUCUUCAAAGGAUUCACAGUUGCUAACUUAGGAUGACUCUAGCUAAGGAAAAAGUUUAGUAAAAAAAGUCUGGUUUCUCCUCACAGUUGCACCAGUGUAACUUCAUCAACUGCCGUGGAGUCGCUCCCACUUAUGUGGAUGUGCUCAAGAAGAGAAUUAGACCCGUAUUUUCUCCCUUGAGCAGAUGCAUAAUGCAUACACUGUAUUAUGAGACAGAUUUGCUUUUCUUUGUGGCGCAAAAGGGCUUUGUUACUUUUUAUAUAAUAGAGCAGACUAUACAAGACCAUUCUCUCUCUGGUUCUUGAGGGAGAAGUAUGAAAUUGGACCCUUGUCAGGGGAACAGAGGGUGGAAGAGCAGGGAAUUAGGCAGAGAAAGUUUUGAAGUCAUCUUCUGUGCCACUGGGGAAAGUCAUACAGUUCCUAUAGGACCAAUAUUUUCUCUAGUGGUAACCAGCCAAGAUAUGAACUUACUAUUUUUACAUGCUAUGCUUACCUUCAUUGUAUUUGUGGAUUGCUUUCCUUGAAGUUUUUUUUUUUUGCAGGUGUUGAUGGCUUAUGUUAUUCAGAAGAGGUGACCUAAUUUUCCCACUCCCUUUGGACUGGAGUCCCAAUCCUGCAUGAUCCAAUACAUUCUCAGCUUCUUGUGAUGGAAACUGGAAUUGAAGUUACUGGGUGGCCCCAGCCAACAGCAGUUUUAGGAAAAGAAAAAACAGAUUUGCUUCCUUUUUUAGUAAUGGAUAUACUUUUCCAGAAAUCCAGUAAUGGAUUUGUUGUGACAUGACAACCAGGCUUGAAUGCAAUCAUCAUCUCUUGCAGGUGACAUAACUGCAUUCAAGCAACGUCUGCAAAUAAAAUUGUCUUUAAAUUUGGGAAGGAAAAUUGAUCUCAGUAUGAUAAUUUUACUAUUUCCCAGGGCUGGGAAUGAAUUAAAUUGCCAGUAAUCUAAGCUCUAAAACUGGCUAUACACAUGCUCCUUGGUGUUCUAAUUAGAAUGCAUCAGCGCAGACUCAAUCAAGUCUGCUGCACUUUCUAAUGAGAACACUUCAAUGUCACUGCAGCAUCAGGUGUAUUAAACCGCUGCAUGUUUUAAAAUGGCUGAGGGGUGCUUUAUUCGAUGAGGUUUAGAUAAAGCAUCCCACGGCCAUCUUUAAAUGUGGGGGCUUAAUACACAUGAUGCUACAGCGUUUUAAUUAGAGUGGCUCUCCAGGAACCACUCUAAAAUGCCUCCCCCCCUUGCCCCUGAGCAUGCGUAUAGACACUUUUUGGUUCCCACUUGGAAAAACUUCCAUCAGAGCUUAAAAAUGAAGUGUGAGUGUCAUGAACUGGCAGCCCUGGAGAAUGAAGCUGACUCCAUAAAGCUUCCUGAGCAUGGUGGUUCAGUUCCUACCUCACUCUUCAGUGUGGCCAGUGAGAUUGUUUUCCUUGUGGUUCCUUAUAGCAUUUUUUCCCCUAAAUACAAUUUUGCUGUUUUUUGGUUUAUUUUGGCUAAAACAAAUUGGUCAGUGUCCAGAUGAACCGGUAGAUUUUGUUUUGCCUAACAUUUCUCUGGUUGGACUGAGACGCUUGCUUUGUCAUUUCUCCUUCCAUAUCCAAAACAGCCCAGUUAAAUGGGUGGGGAAAAUUUAAGGCUCUCAAAAAUGGCAGCUAGAAUGACCUCUCAGCCUUACUGUUUAAUCCUCCACCCCAUAAUUUAUACCCUAGGCCUUUCUUCAUGUUACUGGGACACAUUCUGAGAAGCCUGACUUCUAUGUUACUUUUUGAUUACAAUUUCCUCUUUCUUUCUGUAGAAAUUCUUUCUAGAUGACAACUUCUAUAACCUUCUGAUCAGUGCCAAAUUGCAUGUGAAGAAUUGAAUGAAAAGUAAGACAAAACAAAGGGUCCCAUGAUUUGAUACAUCAUAGUGUUUUUUUCAAGAGUGUUGUGUUCCCAUUCAAAAAAUAGACCUUUGGGGAUGGAUUUGCAUGGUGUGUUCUGUUCAAGCACUGAUACACUUUGGUAUAAAAGCAGUGCAUUUUUAUUUGUUCAUAUGCAUUUCUACCUACAUUCCACAGCACUUUCUGGUCAAUCUAGUUUGGGUUCCAGUAUUAGAUGUUGACCAAAUUACUCCAUGUGGGUAGAGUUCCCAGAGCUUGCUGCAGAAAGUAGCUUGUUAGCCAAGAUUGGAGUGUGUCUCUUGACCUCUUUGUUUCUGGCGAAGUGGAAUUCUGUGAGAAACAGGAAGAUAGGAGAGAUCGGCAUCAUGAGGAUGAAAAACCUGAUGUAACACCAAGUCAUCUGAAUGACACAGACUGACAGCAGCUAAACUGGCCCACAUUUAUUUUAAAGAUUGUGUGUCUGUGCUUUAUAGCAAAUAGUUACUUAGCAGUUAUUAAAUCUCUUCUCAGUUUCCUGCCCCUGUGAACCAUGUCACAACAGUAAGAUGAAGUCUGAGUCAUUUCAGGUGCUUUCCGCCUAUUGGGGUUUAAAUGGAGAAGUGGUGAGUACAAAAAAGAAAGUUAUGUGUAUAUUUGUUAAACUUGCUGUGUGACUCUUUGUGGUUCCUUAUAGCAUCUCCUCUGUCAUUGUACACCACCUAACUCUCGGAGACAAAACCUUUUAUAUGUCAUUUAGAUGUUGUCUGUCAACAGUAAUAAAACACUGCAAAGUCAAACUGAAAAGUAAAUAUUCUCAGGAAUGCUUGUAAUUCUUUUUCCAGUCAAUUCUAGAUCAAAGUAAAUCUGUAUGAUGGGAAUAUUGAGGAAAAACAUUUUAAUUCAAGAUGUAAUUACAAUGAUAUCAUAAACCUGCUGUUGUUGCAUGUACAUUAUACUGUUCAGUUAAAGUGAAGUUCAACCCACUGUGCUCAAAGAUCAGAUGAUCUAGAUUUAUUGAAGGCAUCUGGGAUCUCUGGGAGAAGAAAUUCAACUACCCAGACUACCAAUAAUUAGCAGCACAUCCCUGGUAGCUGCUAUUUCAUGUUUUUGCAGAUCAGGCCUAGAGUCUAGUUUUUUUAGCUGAAAGGGCCUUGAGUGAAUCUUAUCCUGAGAACUUAGUCCUGCAGACCUUCCUCACUUGAGUAUUCCUUACUCCUAGGAGUAACCCCUGGGAAAUCAGAGGAUUGCUCUUGUUGGUAUCGCUUGCUUGCAUGAGCAGGGUAUGCAGGAUCAGGUCCAUAAUCAUAAGCAUAUUGCAUAAUUUAAAAUUAAAUUAGAAACGGCAAUAUAAUUCAAUUGUGUUUUUAGUCUUGAAUAUCACUUGACAUGAGAUUUUUCUUUGAAAAGUAACCAUAUAAACUGCCCCUUGUUAACAGUACACAUAUAUCAGGAAUGCAAACGCAUACACAUUUUUGCAUGAUCUGAUGACAUCUCUUUAAAGUAAAUUUCCUAUUAAAGCGUCCUUAGGCUUCAGCAUUGAGAAAAAAACAACCAUGGCAUUUUAACAUGUCUCAGAAAUCUUUCAGGCUACUUUUAGAUAGAGCUGGGCAGAUUACCUUUAGAAGGUGUUCUUCACAAACCUAAGGAGCUAGAAAGUUUUGUUUUUAAUUGAAGCUUGUAGUCUGCAGAACCUGAAUGUGUCAUGGAAGCUAAAUAAAAAUAUCAACUGAGCAAAGCUGUUGAUGCUACUGGUGUAAAUCCUAAUGUUAGCCGGACACUUGACCUCUAAUUUUGGCUAAACAGACCAUUGUGGUUUCCUGCUAUUUCUGUCUCAGUCUCCUCUUUCCACUUGUGGAAACAGAACUGUGAUGUUAGUACCAGCCAACAGUUCUUACAAUUUUUCCUUUUUAUUCUUAAUGCCAAUAGGCUUUAGACUUCAUCCAGCAAAGUUUACUUGAAGUUAGAAUAAAAUCCAUUUUUGUCAACCCGGUCUACCUCCACGGUGGCUUGUACACAUGCUGUGUCUACACAUGGAUAUGUAAUAAUUUAUGCACCGGAUUAAGGGAUACGCUUUAUUCAACUUGUAUGUAUUUUCCAGGCUUCUCGUUCAGUGAUCCAGUCCUAAGAAACAUGUGCAAAUUGAGCAGAAAAGUUGUUAUUUAACUGAAUGCAUUGUGUUUGGGUUUUAAAUCGUUCCUGUGGUGUAUGGGGGGGUGUUUCUUUUUCUUUUGCCACUAGGUUUAAUUAUAAUGGCAAGAACACUUAUCAUAUUUCCUUGUGCAGAUAAUCUUAGAAUUCAAGGAUUUUUUUUGAAGGUUCAAAUUGCUGUGGAUAUUUUCAAUGGUGGUUUGGUAUGUUUAAUUUAAGGUUCUUUAGCUCUUUAUUGCCUACUACAAUGAAUGCUCUCAGGUUGCACUGUAACUAAAGGGACAGAUUCUGCUUCAGUUACAUUGGGAUAAACUUAGAAUUCCUCCAUUUUUUCAGUGGAGUUCACACAAGUUUAAAAAAAAAAUCACAAAAUGUUGAAUAAUGCUGAAACAUAUAACCACGUUGAUUUUUUGUUUGCAUGGCUGUGUUUUUUUCUGCAUUGCCCACAAUUCCAGACAAAGGGGAGAGAGGGGACCAACGAAGUCAAAGCUGGACCACAGUAUAUAAGGGUCCAUUUUUGCCCUUCGUCCAGAAAGUCCAGAUCGCAAUCCCCCAAAAAUUCAGCUCAUCCUGGGUUUGGAAACACUAUACUGUAUGCCAUAGGUUACAUCACAUGCAGCUGAAUAGAGGUCAUUAGUGGCAGCACACAGGCAUUAGUACAGAGCCUGGAGAUUAUCUUCAAAGGAGGGAGAAAGGAUGAUACUGUGGGGCUAAGGAAGAGGAAUUUUGUGACUGACAGUGGAACUCAUAAGACUGUAAAGUUGCCCCAAAAUUUGGGAGCCCCUGCCCUAGCUCACCACUGAUAGCAAUCACUUGUAGCGAUAUAACUUACAUCUAGUAUUAGCCAUCUGGUUUGGGAUCCUUUAAAUAUGACUGCCUCCUGCAAAGCAUUGAGAGCCCACUGCUCUUGCUGGCUUCAAUGAGAGCCAAUGCUUGCCAUCUCAUCAUAUUGACUCCAAGGUCAAAGGGCAACUGCAUAAGAGCAGGAAAGAAAAUACAAUAAUCAUUCAGACAUGAACACCUCAAGAAGCCAUGGUAGGGCCUAACUAUACCCCGGGGAUCGCCUCCUUUUGUGAACAGAGCAAGUUGGACAGCUUUACAUGAGAGCCUCUCAUGCUCUUUCCAGGAGCUAACACACAUCAUGCAGUUUAAAUCCUCCCUGUUCCCUCUGCUUCCACCACAUUCAGCGUGAAACUCAAAACCAUGUGCAGUGGGGUUGGAUAAUAUCACCCCCUCUCUCCCCUUUUUUUCCCUCUUUGCCCUUUGUCUAAACUAUUUUUCAUUGAGGGAAGAGGGCUAACGUGGUGCAGGUGGUACUGCUUUUAGAAUCCAUAGGUUUUCUCUGGAUUUAACUUUUCUUGUGACCAGUUCAACCCACCAGCAUGAAUUGAAGCAACACAAACAGAAUAGCCAUAAAAUAUAACCUUGAAUAACCUGUGUGUUUCUGCCGACUGAACUUCAUACUUCUUUAAUUAUGCCUUAAUCGUACCCUCGCAUGCUCUCUUCGUAUAGUAGAGUCAUUGCUGUUUGAGGUGAUUUCCAUCUCGAGCCUGUUGUUUAAAAGAUCUUGUACUACAUUUAGAACAUUUUGAUGGAUUUUUUUUUUCCUGAAAGGUUUGUACUAUUCUGUGGACAGUACAUUUGUGUGAUUCUAGUUAAAAUAUGUCCUUUGGAAACAUGGUUUAAUGGCUUGAUUUUCAAAGGUGCUGAACGCAAGCAACUCUCAUCAGUAACAGUGGGAUUCCUGGGUGUCUGCUCCCUCUGGCACCUGGGUUAUGACUGCAGUAUAUCAGAAAAAAACUGUGUAUUAGUAACUCGUAGCUUUGCUUUCCAUGUUCAUUAAUACUGCAGUAUUUCUGUGUUCUGUAUCAUUUAUCUUAUGUUAUAUGGUGCUUUGGGGAAGUAAUUUCAAUUCAAAGUGAUUUUGCUAAUCCAACGUACACAAUCUAUUCAUUUAAAUAAAUGGUGAGACUUCCUGUUUGGGAAACAUUUUGAU